AUGAAUUCUGCUUCCUUUAUCCCCUGUUGCUUUCGUCCAAGCAUUACUUUAACUGAAUGCCUCAUAAGAGAGUAUCAUGAAAGGAACUGUCAUGCGGGAGUGCAGAUAUUAGCUGCUAAGUUAAGAGAGCGAUACUGGAUCAUUUCGUCGAAACGUAAUAUAAGAUCUUGCGUAAGUCGAUGUGUAGUAUGUAGGAGAUUUACCGCUAAGGCUUUAUCUACCCCUCCGAUCCAGUUACCCCUUGACAGAAUAAGAGAUUCGGCAGUCUUUGAAACAACUGGAGUCGAUCUUUGUGGACCUUUACUUCUGAGACCAAAGAGUAAAGCUUGGAUCGUCUUGUUCACCUGCGCCGUAUACCGGGCAAUUCACCUGGAGCCUGUCACCUCUCUGAGUACCGAAACGUUUCUACAGGCUCUGAGACGGUUCAUUGCCAGACGAGGCCGUCCUGCGACAAUGUAUUCAGAUAACGGAACCAAUUUUACCGGAGCAGACAAUGCUGAGAUGCCUGGAUAUGGAUGGAAUGAUAAAAGGCUGGAAAACGAAGUGAUUCACUGA